CUCGAAACAGGAAGUAAAGAAAAGUAAACAAAUUAUCUCGCACGUUAACCAUGGCUCAAGGCGCAAAUAAACUGAAAUCUAAAGGUUUUAAUUUAAGAAAAGAAAAGAAUAGACAGAAGAAACAACAGAUGAAGAAAGGAGCACGAUAUAUAGCACCAAAGAAAGCAAAGAUUUUGGAGCAAGCAAAACUGAAAAAGGGUUUGGACAAGGCAAUCAAGGCUAACAUUGAACAGGAGAUUACACAGAAGGUGAAGUCAGUAGAGGCAAAGGCAUUCAGCGUUGUCACUGCUCCAUCGACCUCAGACAGCAAGUCAAAACAAUCAAAUGAUGCUGUAAAGACUAAACAGAAAUAAAAAUAUGAAGAAAAUACAAGAA